UAAAUUUAUUUAAACUUUGAACAUAAAAUCUGUUAUAUUUGUUGUUAAUUGUAGUAUAAUUAUCCCUAGAUAAUAUAAUAAUUAUCUAUUGAUUAAGAGAAAAUAUUAUGCAAACCUUUUGCAUAAAAGGUGUAAAUAUUUAAAAAUGUCCGGCGAAACAACUGUCUUUACAAGUGAGCAGAAAAUUAAAACUGAACCAAACGAACAAUAUAUCGAAGAUUUUCAAGAUAAAAUCAAGAAUGAACCAAACGAAGAUUAUAUAGAAGAUUUUCAAGAUGAAAUCAAGAAUGAACCAAACGAAGAUUAUAUAGAAGAUUUUCAAGAUGAAAUCAAGAAUGAACCAAACGAAGAUUAUAUAGAAGAUUUUCAAAAUAAAAUCAAGAAUGAAUUUGAUAAUGUUAUUAAGCCUGAACCUUGUUCAGAGGAUGAAGAUACGUGUCUGGAAAGAUUCAUGAAUUCAGAAGUAAAGAUUGAAGAAGAAGUCAAGCAGGAACCAAUUGAGACGCUCCCUUUUGAGCAUAUCACGUGUAAUAGAUCAUUUUCACAUAUAGAACAUAUACUAGAUCAAAAUCAUUCCCCAAUAACUUUUCCUGAGACAAUUGAUUUAGAGAUACAGCCUAGUGAAAAGCAAGAUACAUAUUCUCAUUCUGGAAAGAGUGCGCCUCAAAUAUACACACAGAGAAUAUUGGAGAAAUUUAAAUCAUUAAAUAAAGAAGAAUGCCUUCAUGAAUGUGGAAUUUGCAAGAAGGUAUUUAAACAAAAGGACAACUUAAAGAAACAUAUGCUUGUUCACAGUGGCGUACGUCCCCUUAAAUGUAAGAUGUGUGAUAAAACAUUCAUACGUUUAUUUAAUUUGAAACAACAUAUGAGUAUUCAUUCUAAAAAACCUCUUUAUGCAUGUGAAACAUGUGAUAAAGUAUACUAUUCAUCAAAUAGUUUAAAUUAUCAUUUGCGAACUCAUACUAGAUUCUAUAAAUGCCAAUUAUGCUCCGAGGCGUUCAAAACUUCACAUUCCCUGAAGUUGCACAUGCGUACUCAUUCUGAUAAACUUUCUUUUACAUGUAAAUUAUGUAACAAGGAAUUAUGCUCAUCACAAAAUUUGAAACAUCAUAUGCAUACUCAUACUGGAAAACGCCCCUAUGAAUGCGAAGUCUGCAAUAAAACAUUCACACGACUGAAAAGUAUGAAAAUGCACAUGUUUCUUCAUUCUGGGGUUCGACCUUACAAAUGCGAUAAAUGUGACAAAGCCUUCAUUCAAUCAUAUAAUUUAAAACUACAUAUGUCUAGUCAUUCUGGUGAUCGUUCUUACAAAUGUGAUGAAUGCGACAAAGCUUUCUUUCAUCCAAGAAGUUUAAAACAACAUAAGCGCUCUCAUACUAGAGAAAGUAUAAAGCCUUACACAUGCGAACUCUGUGACAGGUCAUUCUUUACAUUAACAAUUUUGAAAGAGCACAUAUUUGUUCAUACAGGGGAGCGUCCUUACACAUGUGAUAAAUGUGGUAAAGCCUUUAGUCUAUCGAAUUCUUUGUAUCGACAUAGACUCACUCAUAAUAAAGUGCAUGUUCAUAAAUGUGAAGAAUGUGACAUGGUCUUCAAACAUUCGGGUCAUUUUAAACUACAUAUGCGUUUUCAUACAACUAAAGAGUAUCCUCAUAAAUGUGAUAAAUGUGACAGAGCCUUUAGUCAUUUGUAUAAUUUAAAACUACAUAUGAGUAUUCAUGGCCCUAAAAAGUAUCUUUAUAAAUGUGAUAAAUGUGACAAAGCCUUCAGCCAAUUGUCGGAUUUAAAACAACAUACGGUUAGUCAUGCUAAAGACUAACGUAUCCUCAUAAAUGUGAAGAAUGUGGCAGAGCCUUCAGUCAUUUAAAAUAUUUAAAACAACAUAUGCGUACUCAUAAUAGAGAGUAUCCUUAUAAGACAAU